AUGAGGGGAUUCCCUACAUCUAUACAAGUACGAAAUAGCGUAUCUCUCGCAAAGAGUAUAAUAUUGCAAACUAAGAACUCCUUUCCCACAGACGCAAAGAUGAUAAUACCGAAAAAGACUCAGAAACCGACCAAAAUUUUAAAACCACAUAGAUUCAAAUCAACUCAGGAACCAGAAUGGGCAAAGUUUAAUGACCAAUAUAACGAACAUUAUUCUGCACCCACCAUUUCUCAGUUGAACCCCAUAAACCAUUAUUUCAACAUAGCAGAUGUUACUUAUGAAUGGAGCGUGGCAUCCUUUGCGGAUAUACCGAGUGAAUGGUUGAAAGACAAGUAUAGGGGGCAAGAGAGCGAUAAAGUGACCAAGAGGUUUCCUGGAAAGACUUAUGUGCCUUUUGAAUUAGUGAACGAACUGCCUGAGGUUAUAUUUCUUGGUCGAACGAAUGCAGGUAAGUCGACACUGUUGAAUAAUAUUACGACGGUGUUUCAACAUGCAACUUUGGAGAAGUCAGCGAAAAUGUCAUCCAAGGCAGGUUUUACAAAGACUUUGAAUUGUUUUAAUAUUGGAAAUCGAUUCAGGUUGAUAGACUCACCUGGCUAUGGUUUCAAUAGUAGUGCCAAACAAGGUGACGUAACCAUGGAAUAUCUUAGGGAGAGAAAAGAAUUGAAAAGAAGUUACCUUUUAAUUCCAGGUGAUAAGGGGUUUAGUGAUCUUGAUCUUGGAAUUAUCGAGUUUAUGAGGGAGAACGGUAUCCCAUUUGAAAUUGUAUUUACCAAGAUGGAUAGAGUCAGAAAUUUGACGAAUUUUAAAGAAAUGGUCACAGCUAGUGGGAUACUCAAUUAUCCAACCCUACCGCAACUGAUCUUUGUCAAUUCAGCUAUUACGAAAACAUGUUCGAAACGGUAUGGUAUUGAUAGACUAAGGUUUUCAUUAUUCCAGAGUUGUUCUUUAAAUCCCCUUGUAAAACCAACCAAAAAGAAGGUCAACUGA